CACCUGGCCGAGCGCGCAUGCGCCCCGGCCCAUGCCGGGAGCGGUGGGGGCGUGCGCAGCCCUCCCUCCUCCACCUCCGCCACCCCCGCCCCACGGGGAGAGUCGGGCUCGCGCCAUCUUGCGCCCCCCCCUCCCCUCGCCGUGCCACCUCUCCCUUCCGACACUCUCAGCCCCCCACCCCGCCCCUUCCCAAGCGUGUCCCGGGCCGCCGCCGCAGAAACCGCACCAUCGCUACCCCCACAUCCUCCACGCGGGACACGCAGCCGUGCCUACAAGUGUUCUUAGAGCAGAGAUGAAUAAUACUGCAGCCAGCCCAAUGUCUACUGCCACUUCAAGUAGUGGAAGAAGUACAGGGAAGUCUAUAAGCUUUGCAGCAGAAUUGCAGAGUAUGAUGUUUUCUUUAGGUGAUGCCAGGAGGCCUCUUCAUGAAACAGCAGUUUUGGUAGAAGAUGUAGUACACACACAGUUAAUUAAUCUGUUACAGCAAGCUGCUGAAGUUUCUCAGCUUCGGGGAGCAAGAGUAAUCUCUGCUGAAGAUCUUCUGUUUUUGAUGCGCAAAGAUAAGAAAAAACUUAGAAGACUGCUGAAAUACAUGUUUUUCCGAGACUACAAAUCAAAGAUCGUCAAAGGCAUCGAUGAGGAUGAUCUUCUGGAAGACAAAAUGAGUGGCAGCAAUAACGCGAACAAAAGACAAAAAAUCGCUCAAGACUUUCUCAACUCUAUUGACCAAACAGGAGAACUCUUGGCGAUGUUUGAAGAGGAUGAAAUUGAUGAAGUUAAACAAGAAAGGAUGGAGAGAGCAGAAAGACAAACUCGAAUUAUGGAUUCAGCUCAAUAUGCAGAAUUUUGUGAAAGCCGACAAUUAAGUUUCUCCAAAAAAGCCUCUAAAUUUCGAGACUGGUUGGACUGCAGCAGUAUGGAGAUAAAACCCAAUGUUGUCACCAUGGAAAUUUUAGCAUAUUUGGCAUAUGAAACUGUGGCACAGCUGGUGGAUCUGGCUCUUCUUGUGAGGCAGGACAUGGUAACCAAGGCGGGGGACCCCUUCAGCCAUGCCAUUUCUGCAACCUUUAUUCAGUAUCACAGCUCUGCUGAGGGGUCUUGCAUGAAGUCCUACCCAGACUCUCCUGAGAACACACCUCCCCCUACACCAACAGCUCCAUCAUCUGGAUCACAGCACUCAGGGAAAACCACAUCAGGACCCUUAGGGAAUGGGAGUGCUGGACAAGACUCAGCUAAAACCAAACAAAGGAAAAGAAAGAAGAGCACCGCGGCCUGUGGUGUUGAGGCUCACAGCGAUGCCAUCCAGCCCUGCCACAUCAGAGAGGCCGUUCGACGCUAUGGCCACAAGAUUGGCCCCCUUUCCCCAUUCACAAGUGCCUACCGCAGGAACGGGAUGACUUUUCUGGCCUGCUGAUGUGACUAUGGCUGCAACAACAGGAAAGACCGUGUUAUAUUAAGGUGAUUUCUGUUCCAUGCCUUGGACAAAAUAAAAUACAAGUUUACCUUCUCCGCAUCCUUGGGAGUGGGUUGGUUUGUUGUGACUAUCAACUGGCUGACUCCAGUCCUUUUCCAGCCCCCCUCAACGCUGAGUCUUGUUUACUAGAUGGGCCACUUAGCUAAUUAAUGGCAGGAUGUUUGAGAUGGUGUAGGUGGACAAGAAUGCACAUCACACGAUUUUGAAAUUUUAAUUUGGAAUAGAUUUACUGCCCUCAGCUCACAUAGCUUAAAAGCAGUGUCUUUUUUUUUUUUUUUCCCUUUUUCUUCCUCAGUGUUUAGUCUAUGUUUUACUUGAUGCAUUUUAUAAUCCAGGCUUGGGACAAAGGAAACAAAACGAAAAGGACAGUCAGUGCUCCCCAUGCACUGUCCCACCAACUCUGCUUCCUGACGUUUGUUGACUAGACCUGCGUGUAUGUUAGAGACAAGGGCGCAUUUUAUAAACGCCCUAAUCAGAGAUGUAAUUGGCCUGAUGGACCAUAGAGCAUGCGUGUCAUUUUCGUGGCUUCUUCCCAACUUCGUGGCUUCUUGUUUUCUCUCACCUAGAAAACCGGUCUUCAUUUCUCUCCUCUUCCUGCCCCUCCCGUCCCUGGGCCCACCCCUCACACACGCACCGUCCCCAUUUAGAAGCAGAGCAUAGAAUUGAUGCGAGGGGUGCCUGGUGAUCACUAGGGCACCUAGACCAAAAUGCCCUAGGCCGGGCAUUUCCUUGCUGGUGGCAGCUGAGUUACCACUCUAGCAUCUGUCUACUUUCUCCAGUAAAUGAGGAACUGUAACUCUUGGAAAUGAACCAAAAUAGAGCAGUUAUGUACAGUUCCUGAAUCAACCUGGAUUGCAAAAAAAAAAAAAAGGGGGAAGUUAGUUCUUUAAUUCUUUAGAAGUUUUGUGUAGUUUUACUUUUACCACUGUUUCUGCGUACACUGAAACAGCGUUUGUAAAGAAUUAAUAAAAACAGAAAUAAGGAGUUCCUGUCGUGGCCGAGCGGAAAUGAAUCUGACUAGUAUCCAUAAGGAUGCAGGUUCGACCCCUGGCCUUGCUCAGUGGGUUAAGGAUCAGGCAUUGCCUUGAGCUGUGGUGUGGGUCACAGACGCCGCUCGGGUCCGGCGUUGUGGCUGUGGCAUAGGCCGGCAGCUAGAGCUCUGAUUCAACCCCUAGCCUGGGAACCUCCAUAUGCUGUGGGUACCACCCUAAAAAGACCAAAAAAUAAAUAAAUAAAUAAACAAAUAAUUUUUAAAAAUAAAAUGAAACAGCAAUGAGAAGCGUGAAAGAUUUCCCUGCUUCCACCAAAUCAUUGUGAGGCUCAGUUAAUGGGAUUGUGCUGUAUUAUUCACAUUUGUCAGCUAUCAUUUACCUGUUCUGUGUUAGUCCUUCUGGAAAAAAUCUUCAUGUCAAGAACAAAAAAACGCAGAUAUAUAAUAUCAAAAAAUUGCCAAAGGGUUUUGAUGUUCCAUCUGUGCUUGGUGAAAUGUAUGAUUAAACUUUUCUUUUUAUCAUCA